AUGCCGGCGUUCCCCCACCAGACGAUCGUGGACUUUGCCACGGCGGCCGACGCGUCCGCCACGCAGCAGCAGCUCCUGCACGUGCACAACAGCUGUGGCUUCUGUGCAGAGUCUGCCGUGCCGGUGCUGGAAGCGUACUUGGCUGAACAAGUGCAGGCCUCGAGCGUCGAUGUGGAUGCGAACUUGGCUCUGCUCAAGUUGUACCAGUUGUACCCAUCGACACUGAAGGCAGCGACCGUCGCCACGGUUCUGAUCAAGGGCGUCAUGGCGCUCCCGUCCACGUUCUUCACGGGCGCGUCGACUAUGGUCCCUGAGAGCAUUCGCGAGGACGCGGAUGUAUCGGCAGUGCUUGACACGGGCUUUAUGCUCCAGUCGUGUCUCUUCGAAGACUUUUGGAAGAAGGACGUGGCGUUUGCAUCCCACGUGCCGGGCUUUCUGGAGUCAGUGCGCGCCUACAUCUUGAUGGCCGUCUACCGCAGCUGCAGUGUCGUUUCCACGGACGUUUUCAAGGCCAAGCUCAAUGUGUCGGACCAGCAAGUGGCUGACAUUGUCGCUGCCGAGCAGUGGACGGUUGCGGGUAAUUUAAUUCACAUCAAGCCCAAUGAGCACAAUCAGAUGCAAGCGAAGAAGGUUCAGGAGAAGAUCCAGUACGAGGACGUGCUCAAGGUCAUCCACGUUCUUUCUAAAUAG